AUGCCCCGGCCACCGCCAGACCCCUUGAUGCACCAACCGGGCCAUUUGGGCGGGAAAGCGAUCCCGUAUAUCGAUAGCAACACGCGGGCGACCGCUAUUCACGCACAAUCCCCGUCAGAUCCCGUCUUGACGGCCUUUGCCCAGUUGGGCGCCUUGCGAUUAAAUGUCCAACGAGUGUUGAUCUCCCUGUUCGGCCCCAAGGAACAACACAUCCUGACUGAAUCAACCCGAACCCUGAGUCUGCAGGAUGACCAUGAUCACAGCUCUCGCGAUGGGCUCUGGAUUGGGAACUGUAUGAUGUCGUAUGAUCGCAGCUUCUGCAAAUCCCUCUUGAACCCCACGACAUCCACGCAAACACCCAACGACCAAGUGUUGCUGGUGCCCGACCUCGCCCAGGAUGCGGAAUUCGAGAAUCACCCGGAUGUGACGGGCUACCCACACGCGCGCUUUUUGGCAUGCAGUCCCAUCAUCAGCCCGAAGGGCAUUGUGAUUGGAGCCUAUACCGUGCUGGACGACAAGCCCCAUCCGGCCCUAGACCCCGGCAUGGUGAAAUUCUUGUCGGAUAUGGCUACGACGGUGAUGAAUUAUUUGGACACGGCGCGAUCCAAAAUCCAGCACCUUCGAGCGGAGCGAAUGAUUGUGGGAAUUGGGAGCUUUCUCGAAGGGAAAGGCAGCCUGCGGAACUCGUGGCUGAAAGCCACGGGAACACUCGACACCGCAGACGCCUACAAUGAGGAUCUAGAGGGACACAUCGACGAGACGCAGCAAGACAGACAAAGUGCGGAGCAGCAUGCCGCUCAGGCUACCCGAGGACUUGGUCCAUCGAGCCACCUGCCGAUGCGUUUGCACCAAACAGGGUUAAAAAAUCACAGACCAAAGUCCGCCACAAAUUACCGUUCUCGGAAACCCAUGCACUCUCUCACCGAAACGAGGGUUCCAGUCAGCAUGGAGCACACCGAGAGUCCGCCGUCAAAGGAUGGCCAUAGGGCCCAGGUGGAGGAAGCCUUCUCGCGCGGAGCUAACAUCAUUCGGGAAAGUAUCGAAGUGGAGGCAGUCGUAUUCUUCGACGCUAAUUUCGGCUCUCGAGGCGCUUUUGUUGCCGACGAACGGUCCGAUCAGGAAAGUAGCGGCCGAGACAGUCAUUCCUCGACUUCAGGGGAUGAAGGCAAAGUCCGGUGUGCCACUACUACCCAGGAAUGCCACUACAGCACCGCCAACGCAGAGGACUCGGGGAAGGAUACGUUGCGCCCCUGCGAAAUACUUGGAUUUGCAACUUCGAGCCAAACUAGCGUCAAUGACCAGUUGACGGGCGAUAAGAAAAUCGCCAUAUCAGAGCCAUUCCUCGCAGACCUCUUGCUCCGAUAUCCUCAAGGGAAAAUUUUUAACUACUUCGAAGAUGGAUCUAUCUCGGCAAGUGAUACCAGUGACAGCAAUUUCAAAGAUUUCCGGCAGAAUGGCACCACCAGCAGCCCCGGCAAGCGAGGCAAGAGGUAUAAACGAACGCGGAAAGCGAUUCUGCGCCAAGACGCAGAGACGCUUCUACAGCUCGCUCCCGAUGCCCGAAGCAUCAUUUUUACGCCACUGUGGGAUUCACACAAAGGCAGAUGGUACUCGGCAAGCGUUGCGUGGACUCGAUCCUGCCAUCGUGUUUUCACGGCCGACGAUGAAUUAUCGUUCAUGUUUGCGCUCGGGAAUAGUAUCAUGGCGGAAGUACAUCGGCUGGGUGCGUUGUUUGCGGAGCAAGCCAAGUCGAGCUUGCUAGCAGGACUCAGCCAUGAACUUCGCUCACCCCUCCAUGGGAUCUUCGGUAUGGCAGACCUCCUUAAUUUUAGUGUCAUGAACACCCUUCAGCGAGGAUUUGUCCAUACAAUCUCGUCCUGUGCAUUCACACUCCUGGGCUCAAUCAAUCAGCUUUUGGAGUAUGCGAGCAUCAACGAUCUUCGAGCCACCUCAGCCUCGGCUCAACUCUCUGGUGACCUCACACAGGAGAGCCUAGUUCAUGCGGACGAGAAUGUGCACUCUGGGCAAAUCCACGAGAACUCCCAUGUUCAACUUGAUGUAAUCAUGGAAGACGUCAUGGAAACCGUCUUUGCAGGCUACUCAUUCUCUAAUGGCCUGCAAGAUCCGCUCGAGGCCGUCCAUAACGGCUCAUUCUUUAGGCCGGGUCCGUUUGACACUCCGGACGGAGUCCAGGUCAUUCUUGACAUCGACAGCGCUUCAGAUUGGAACUUUUCGACCCGGCUGGGAGCCUGGCACGUGGUCUUGACCAAUAUUGUUGGAAAUGCCUUGAAGUUCACUCGACGUGGAUAUAUCCACGUCUCUCUCAAUGCAACCCCGGUGACGUUGGCAGAUGAUGGUGAGGUCAUUAGGUCGCAGGUCACGGUGACUGUUCGAGAUUCCGGGUGCGGUAUCAGUCCCGAAUUUCUACAGAACGAGCUUUUCCUUGCCUUUUCGCAGGAAGAUAGCAUGACCACCGGCAACGGUCUCGGCCUCAACAUCACUCAGCGGAUAGUGCUAUCUCUUGGAGGCGAGGUUCAGGUCGAGUCCCAACGGGGAGUUGGUACUGAAGUCAAGGUCUCUGUCAAUCUUGAUCAUGUCUCUGGGCUACGCCCCCAGGGUGGAGCAGAUAACUCCACAGGUUCAUAUUCCAAGGUUUCCAGAGACUGUGUUCGCGAGAAAAGCGUCGGUCUGUUAGGUCUAGGGUCUUUGGAAUCAGACCGUUUGCUGUGCUCAUCUUUACAAACACUGUGCCGGGAGUGGUUACAAAUGAAGGUCCACUUGGUCCUGCCAUCCCAGCCACAAUUCGCUCUUUGCGACUUUUAUAUUUCGCCUUUUGAAUCUUUGCGAAAUGACAAUCUGAACAUCAAGUCAAUUGUUUCAUCGUCGACCCAGCGAUUCGCGGCACCGGUGAUCGUCCUGUGUCCGUCUCCCAGGAUCGCGCAUACCCUGUUCGUCAAAUCUCGGAACCAGCGAGAUGCCGGUGUCGUCGAAUUCAUCAGUCAGCCAUGCGGGCCCCGCAAGUUAGCAAAGACAUUUGAAAUUUGCUCUCGCCGUCAACAGCAGCAGCUUGAUUUGGCCAACGCCGAAGGCGAAACAAUGAAAGAACCAGCCAUCACCUCGAUCUUUCUGGACACAAGACAAGCAGAGGACAAUAUCUCCAUCGAGGUGAUGGAUUUCGUCUCUUCUGAACAGUCUGAAAUGAUAGAGAAUUCAGCAUCAACAGACACCACUGACUCUGAGAGUCAAUUGGACCAGUUGCAGGUCCAGGACGCGUUCGAUCCUUCCCAUGUCCGGCCGACCGCCGAUCCCGCCGACAGGGAUCUUACCCUCUUCAACCCGGACAAAGACAACCAUUCAUCCCAAGCCAAACUGACCUUGGCAAAGACGGUUCUCAUAGUGGAUGACAAUGACAUCAACGUCAGGGUCCUGGUCGAGUGCAUGAAGAAGUUGGGAUGUCAAUACGAAACUGCAUCGAAUGGACAAGAAGCUGUUGAUUUCUUCAAAGCAAAUUCAUCUUCUAUUGGCGUUAUCUUCAUGGAUAUAUCUAUGCCAGUCAUGGACGGUCUUGAAGCAACUAGGCAAAUCCGCGAGUUUGAGAAGAAAUUUGAUGUUAAGACCCCUGCCAGGAUCAUCGCCCUGACUGGCAUAGCGCAGGGCUACUUACAACGUGACACAGUUGGGUCCGGUAUGGAUAUGUUUAUGACGAAGCCUGCACGACUGAAAAGCUUGAUCCCCUUAAUAGAGGGCAGCGGCGUUCUGGCCUCGGAUUUGGCUCAAGAGUCCGAUCGAAAGCCGAUUAAACAGCCAUAUUCCAACUCUCCCUGA